CACUCGCCAAGGUCAAGCUGGCAGACAUCAUCCGUCCUCGUGCUGUGAAGAACAUCCACGGAACCUGAGCUCUGGGAGAGGCCUGAUGGCUUUGCUCCUGGGCUGCGGUGUCCUCAGGGCUGCAGGAAGCCGGCCCUUCCGCCCAUCUCUGCUCCCGCAGAGAGCAGCUGGUGGCUUUCUGGACCCGGCGCUGAAGGCGUUCCUGGAGGACAACACUGAAGUCACCUGCAGCGGCAGCCUCACUCCCGAAAUCCAGUUACGACUUUUGACCCCCAGAUGCAAGUUCUGGUGGGACAGAGCAGACCUGUGGCCCCAUGCUGACCCCUACUGGGCGAUCUACUGGCCAGGAGGCCAGGCCCUGGCUCGGUAUAUUUUGGAUAACCCCGAUGUUGUCAGAAGCAAAGCUGUACUGGAUCUUGGGAGUGGAUGUGGAGCUGCAGCUAUUGCUGCCAAGAUGAGGGGGGCAUCCAGGAUCCUGGCCAAUGACAUAGACCCUCUUGCAGGAGUGGCCAUUACACUGAAUUGUGAAUUGAACCAACUGGAUCCUGUUCCCAUUUUAACUGAAGACAUUCUGAAUGUGGAACCAGCUCAGUGGGACCUGGUAGUUCUUGGAGACAUGUUCUAUGACGCAAGCCUUGCAGACCGUCUGCACCAGUGGCUGAAGCAUUGUUCUCGGACCCACAGAACGCGUGUGCUAAUUGGUGACCCUGGGCGGCCCCAGUUCAGUGUCCAUGGCAUUCAGCAACAACUGCACAAGCUUGUGGAAUACUCCCUGCCAGAAUACACUAGGCAGGAAAACAACGGGCUGACCACAAGCACAGUGUGGGAUUUCCAGCCUUGAGUUGUCAAAGGGCUUCCCAGCACGAAUAUGGUCAUGUUUGCACUUACUCAUCAAGGUUUUCUCCACGGAAGAUGUCCUCCAGCAUAAAGGACAUAAAUCUUUCAGUCUUGUUCAAUGGUAGUUGCUGAUUCCAAAACAUGAAGAUUUAAAGCCUCGUCAGCCUUUGUGAUGAACUUGUUCUAUGUAUCUAUGCAUCCUCGUUGAACUCUGUGUACUUUCCAGCUUUGUCACUUUAGGACUGUAACUAUGGAAGGCAGUCCCCAAGAAUGGUCAGGUGUGAUUUAAACUCAUGGAGAGGAAUCACAUACUGUGACAGAACUUGUAUAGUUGAGGUCAGAUAUGAUGUAUCUUUAAGCAAAAUAGAAAAUAUAAAAUACUGUAUUUUA